GAUAAGGCAAACAUGCUUUUUAAAUUUUCUUUCAGACCUGAGAAGUUAGAUGUUGAAACAGUUAUGAGUAUUGAUCAUCUGAAACAGAAAAUCCCUCCAGCACUGUUUUAUAAGGAAACAUACUUAGGUCCAAAUGAAGUUUUGAAGAAUGGAAUGUAUUGCAGCCUUUAUGAAGUUGUAGAGAAGACAAGAAUUGGAAGUAACAUGGAGAGUUUACUGCAAAAACUAGACAGAGAAAAACUUGUUCUUGUUAAACCUUUGGGAGACCGAGGAUACCUUUUUCUUCUCUCCCCUUAUCAGAUGGUUCCUCCAUAUGAAUAUCAGACUGCCAAGUCUCGAGUCCUACAUGCUUUGUUUCUAUUUCAAGAACCUAGAAGCAUAGUUACUUCACAAAAAGGUUCAACCAAUGCAGCACCAAAGGAGAGGCAUGAGAGCAUGCCAGAUGUAUUAAAAAUAGCUCAGUUUUUACAAUUUUCUUUGAUUCAGUGUCGAAAGGAAUUUAAAAAUAUAAGCACUAUAAAUUUCCAUUCUGUUGUUGAAAAGUAUGUAAGUGAAUUUUUUAAGCGAGGUUUUGGUUCAGGUAAACGAGAGUUUAUUAUGUUUCCAUAUGAUUCACGGUUAGAUGAUAAAAAGUUCUUAUACUCAGCUCCCAGAAAUAAAUCCCAUAUUGAUACUUGUUUGCAUGCCUAUAUUUUUCGGCCUGAAGUGUAUCAGUUACCUAUUUGUAAAUUAAAAGAACUAUUUGAAGAAAAUAGAAAACUUCAACAGUUUAGUCCACUUUCAGAUUAUGAAGGUCAAGAAGAAGAAGUGAAUGGUACAAAAAUGAAAUUUGGAAAACGAAAUAACUCAAGGGGUGAAACCAUUAUAUCUGGAAAGCAAAGAUCAUCUCAUUCUUUGGAUUAUGAUAAGGAUAGAGUCAAAGAAUUGAUUAAUUUAAUUCAGUGUAGGAAAAAGAAUGUGGGUGGGGACUCAGACACCGAAGAUAUGAGAAGCAAAACUGUCUUGAAGAGGAAGCUUGAGGAUCUACCUGAAAAUAUGAGAAAGCUCGCCAAAACCAGUAAUUUAUCUGAAAAUUGCCAUCUGUAUGAAGAGUCUCCACAGCCUAUUGGCUCACUUGGACAUGAUGCUGACUUGAGGCGGCAGCAGCAGGAUACCUGUAACUCCGGCAUUGCUGACAUCCAUAGGCUGUUUAAUUGGUUAUCAGAAACACUAGCAAAUGCACGCCAUUCUGAUGCAUCUCUGACAGACACAGUCAACAAAGCCUUAGGAUUGAGCACUGAUGAUGCCUAUGAAGAGCUGAGGCAAAAACAUGAGUAUGAGUUGAACUCUAACCCAGAUAAAAAAGAAUAUGAGCAGCCUACUUGUGCAAAAAUUGAAAAUGCACAGUUUAAGGGUACUCAGAGCUUAUUACUAGAAGUUGAUGCAACAUCUAAGUAUUCUGUUGCUAUUUCUACCACCGAAGUGGGCACUGACCAUAAGCUACAUUUGAAAGAAGAUCCAGAUUUAAUUAGCGUGAAUAAUUUUGAAGAUUGCAGUUUGUGUCCCAGUGUUCCCAUUGAACAUGGAUUUCGUAGACAACAGUCUAAGUCAAAUAAUGUUGAAGAGACUGAAAUACAUUGGAAACUGAUACCAAUUACAGGAGGGAAUGCAAGAAGCCCAGAAGACCAGCUGGGGAAACAUGGUGAGAAACAAACACCAGGUAUGAAAUCACCAGAAGAACAACUGGUGUGUGUGCCACCACAGGAGGCCUUUCCUAACGACCCCCGGGUAAUAAAUAGACAGAGAAGUUCUGAUUACCAGUUUCCAUCCUCUCCAUUUACAGACACACUAAAGGGCACCACUGAGGAUGACGUGUUGACAGGUCAGGUGGAGGAGCAGUGUGUGCCAGCAGCAGAGGCAGAGCCGCCUGCAGUGAGCGAAACCACAGAGAGGACAGUGUUAGGAGAGUACAAUCUCUUUUCUAGGAAGAUAGAAGAGAUUUUGAAGCAAAAGAAUGUUUCAUAUGUCAGUAGAGUUUCCACACCUAUCUUUACAACACAAGAGAAGAUGAAACGGCUUUCCGAGUUCAUAUAUUCUAAGACUUCCAAAGCUGGUGUGCAGGAGUUUGUAGAUGGUUUGCAUGAGAAGCUAAAUACUAUUAUUAUUAAAGCAUCAGCCAAGGGUGGGAAUUUGCCACCAGUCAGUCCUAACGAUUCUGGUGCUAAGAUAGCAUCGAAUCUUCUGGAAAGGCAUGUCAUACCAGUUUCCUCAAGUGACUUCAACAAUAAACAUCUCCUUGAGCCACUGUGUAGUGAUCCUUUGAAAGACACCAACUCUAAUGAGCAGCAUUCCACUUCGACUUUGAGUUUAACUGAAGUAGAAAUGAACCAGCCUCAACAUGCCACAGAGUUAACGGUGACUUCUGAUCAUACUGUACCUGGUGAUAUGGCCCGGGAACCAGUAGAAGAAACAACAAAAUCCCCCAGUGAUGUAAACAUUUCUGCUCAACCGGCUCUUUCAAAUUUUAUAAGCCAGUUAGAACCUGAAGUAUUUAAUAGUUUGGUUAAAAUCAUGAAAGAUGUCCAGAAAAAUACUGUGAAAUUUUAUAUUCAUGAAGAAGAAGAGAGUGUGCUCUGUAAAGAAAUAAAGGAAUAUCUUAUCAAAUUAGGCAAUACAGAAUGUCAUCCAGAACAGUUUUUGGAAAGAAGAUCAAAAUUAGAUAAACUAUUGAUUAUUAUUCAAAAUGAAGACAUUGCAGGUUUCAUUCACAAGAUACCUGGCUUGGUGACUUUAAAGAAGCUCCCCUGCGUUAGUUUUGCUGGUGUUGAUAGCCUGGAUGAUGUUAAAAAUCAUACAUACAAUGAAUUAUUUGUAUCUGGAGGUUUUAUCGUAUCUGAUGAAUCAAUUCUAAAUCCAGAGGUUGUCACAAUUGAGAACCUUAAAAAUUUUUUGACAUUCCUUGAAGAACUUAGUACUCCAGAAGGAAAAUGGCAAUGGAAAGUCCACUGUAAAUUUCAGAAGAAACUAAAGGAACUAGGCAGAUUGAAUGCUAAAGCUCUAAGUCUGUUGACGCUUCUGAAUGUCUAUCAGAAGAAACAUCUGGUUGAAAUUUUGUCAUACCACAAUUGUGAUUCACAAACUCGAAAUGCUCCAGAAUUGGAUUGCCUUAUCAGACUUCAGGCUCAGAACAUACAGCAACGACACAUAGUCUUUUUAACAGAGAAGACCAUCAAGAUGCUUUCCAGUUAUACAGAUAAUGGAAUAGUGGUUGCAACUGCUGAAGACUUCAUGCAAAACUUUAAAAAUCUUGUGGGCUAUCACAACUCAGUCACAGAAGAAAACCUUCCGCAGCUUGGUGCUAAUGAGAAUCUUGAGUCCCAGUCAGCUCUUUUAGAAAACGAUGAAAAGGAUGAAGAGGAUAUGUCUCUGGAUUCAGGGGAUGAAAUCUCACAUAUAGAAGUAUGCAGCAAUUUUCAUUCAGAAAUAUGGGAGAGAGAGACCAAAGGAUCACGUGGAACAGAUCAAAAAAAGAAUACUCAAAUUGAGUUGCAGUCGUCUCCUGAUGUGCAAAACAGUUUAUUAGAAGAUAAGACUUAUCUUGAUUCUGAAGAGAGAACUUCUGUUGAUAUAGUAUGCUCUGAAGGAGAGAACAGCAAUUCAACAGAACAAGAUUCAUAUAGUAACUUUCAGGUUUAUCAUAGUCAAUUAAAUAUGUCCCAUCAGUUUAGUCAUUUUAAUGUUCUCACUCAUCAGACAUUUUUGGGGACACCAUAUGCCCUUUCAUCAAGUCAGUCUCAAGAAAAUGAAAAUUACUUCUUAUCUGCUUAUACUCAAAGCUUGGAUAGAGAUAAAUCUCCACCUCCCUUAAGUGGAGGGAAAAGUGAUUCUUCCAGGCCAUAUUCACAAGAGAAAUAACUAUAGUAACUUUUUUUUUAAUAGAUUGUUGUGGACUUUGUUUAUUAACAAUUUAUAUUUCAUUCUCUAAACAAAAGGUUCUUGUUCUUUCUCAAAUGUUUCUUUUAUUUAAAUCAUGAUGGUCUGUAACAGUUGAAGCAUCUAAAAAUUGAAAUAAAUAUAUAUUUUUAACAUA